CACUCGACGGAGGCGCCGGAUCGGAUGAGAAUUUGCGAUAACGCGACGAUCGGUGGAUCGGCUCGGGGUCAACUGUGGCUCGGCGUCGUGUCAGACUCUGAUUUUUGCACGCUUUUCUGUCGCCAGGCGGCGGAUUUCACCGGAUUUGUCAUCACUUCAGACGAGAUUUGA